ACCUCUUCCCAACCAAACCAACACCGAUUCCUACUCCUCCUUUCACACUCUCACUCUGUCUCUGCACCUCUACCCAAACGAAUCCAGAUCGAUUGCUCCUCUUCUCCUUUCACAGUCUCUCACUCUCUCUGCACGCAAAAAAUCAGACGGCGUCACUAUCGCAAUGCUUAUCCACACGCCAAGCCAACUACGAGGUCGUUGCCCGGAAAGUUCAGCAUUUGAAAAAAAAAAAAAAAAAUUGUUUCCGUUAAUAAGCGCACAUUUUGGAAAGCUAGUCAAACAAAAAACGUAACGAAUUCGAAUGACUCAACUCCCCUCUUUCACACCUUGAAUCUUAGCUAGCUUAAGAGCUUCUCUAUUUAAACACCAUAGAGCACCCUCCUUAUUUUCUGUGCUGGAGUGAGAGUGCAGAACUAGCUAGAGAGCUCCAUUUAUUGGUUUUAACCUAUCAGCUACUGCAUAUAUCUCUCCUCUCUUCAAAUCUUAGUUGAGUCGCCAUGGGAACUCGAACUCAGAACGGCGCCGAUAAAACUUACGACCAGACAGAGCUUAUGUCUCUAUUUCUGCUCGGAAUCUGAUCGAGAUGAGACUCAUAAGGCCCUGAGGGUCUUCAACUUUGAGUGCACAAACAAACCCAGAGAGAUAUUAUUUUCAAAAUGGACGAAAAAUUAGCCAAGGAAAAGGCAAUCAAUGAGUGGCUUCCAAUUACUUCUAAGAGAAAUGCAAAAUGGUGGUAUUCGGCUUUUCACAAUGUUACAGCCAUGGUUGGAGCUGGUGUUCUCGGUCUCCCUUAUGCUAUGGCUGAGCUUGGAUGGGGUCCUGGUAUAGCUAUUUUGGUCCUUUCAUGGGUCAUCACAUUAUACACACUAUGGCAAAUGGUUGAGAUGCAUGAGAUGGUUCCAGGGAAACGUUUUGAUCGUUACCACGAAUUGGGUCAGCAUGCAUUUGGUGAAAAGCUUGGUCUUUACAUUGUGGUUCCUCAGCAACUCAUUGUUGAAGUUGGUGUUUGCAUUGUGUACAUGGUCACCGGAGGAAAAUCGCUGCAGAAGGUCCAUGACACUGCGUGCUCAGACUGCAAAAAGAUCAAAUUGACUUACUUCAUUAUGAUCUUUGCCUCUGUUCAUUUUGUGCUUUCCCUCCUUCCCAACUUCCACUCCAUCGCCGGCGUGUCUUUGGCCGCAGCUGUCAUGUCCUUGAGUUACUCUACCAUAGCAUGGACUACUGCGCUAGACAAGGGUGUGGUAGAAAAUGUCGAUUAUAGUUACAAAGCCACGACUACUACAGGAAAAUUUUUCAACUUCUUAGCUGCAUUGGGUGAAGUGGCUUUUGCGUAUGCUGGCCAUAAUGUAGUCCUCGAAAUCCAAGCAACAAUUCCUUCUACACCUGAGAAGCCUUCCAAGGUACCCAUGUGGAGAGGAGUCAUUUUUGCCUAUAUAAUUGUGGCCUUGUGCUACUUCCCAGUUUCUCUGGUGGGAUAUUACAUAUAUGGCAAUUCACUUGAUGACGACAUCCUCAUCACAUUGGAAAGACCCAAAUGGCUAAUUGCAAUGGCUAAUAUGUUUGUUGUCAUCCAUGUUAUUGGAAGCUAUCAGGUUUAUGCAAUGCCAGUGUUUGACAUGAUGGAAACUCUACUGGUAAAGAAGUGGGAUUUCAGGCCAACUUUUAAGCUUCGCUUCAUUACACGAACUUCAUAUGUUGCAAUUACCAUGUUUGUCGGAAUCACAUUCCCUUUCUUCAGUGGUCUCCUUGGAUUUUUUGGAGGAUUUGCUUUUGCCCCAACAACAUAUUUUCUUCCUUGCAUAAUGUGGCUUGCCAUCUACAAACCAAAGAGAUUCGGCUUAUCCUGGUGGUGCAACUAUAUCUGCAUCUUCUUUGGUGUUCUUUUGAUGGUUCUAUCACCAAUUGGAGGGCUGAGAUCAAUCAUAGUUCAAGCCAAGACCUACGAAUUCUACUCUUAAGCCAUUGAUCAUCAUCCUUCCAAGCGAAAAUCCUGGAAGGGGUAGUAGUAGUUUUU